ACCAGCUCUGCUACGGGUACUCAGUGCCUGCAGUCCACUACCUGCCUAUUCGUUUUCUGCCAUAGUUACGGCUGAUGUGUCUGCUGCGCCUUGUUGUAAAUGUACCCCAUCCUAGCUGUUGUGGGCGAUGUUCAAUUUUAAUUCGAAACAAAGCAGUCGCAGAAGCAGGUAAAAGUGCAUUCGUUACGAAGUCCGCCGCUAAACUGGCCAGAAUCAUUUUCUGCUGCUGACAAGAAAAGCUUCAGGUGUAAUAGCAAUUCGACCAGACUGAUGAGCGGAUGCACCAUCAUAGAAUUGGUUACAACAAUGGUUGUAGCAACAUUACACCGUACAAACAAUGCUGAGGUGUGAUCGAGUAUUGGCGGCUAUUCAGAAACGGAUCGAUUCGAUUUUUCGAAGGAAGAUGUAUACCCUGUGGAUAGAACAGUGAAACAAAAAUCACUGCAGCACUGCCGUUCAUACAAUUGGUCGAAAACAAAGCGCUGACGAGCAAGAAAAACGUCAAUACUGAGCCUUGUGUCAGCGAGAAACCUCAUACGAAAAACUGCCAAAUGCGUACUGUUGAUCUGCACAGAAAAUCUAGUAUCGGGAAUCAAAAUAUGGGAUGGUUGGCGCCAGACUCCCCGGUGCCAGAAGGCCCAUGCUUUACUUUGCUGGCACGUACGAACGAUCUCGGCUGCGUUAAUGAUGUUCGACUUCGUUUAGACUUGGAAAAGGGUGAUAUCGCCACAAAAAUUCGAGCACUGGAAACGCUUGUUCGGCUUUGUGUGCUCGAGCCUACGCGUCUGUCCAGUGCUGCCGGUCGACCGACCUUAAUGGCUGUAAUUCGUUUUCUACUUCCACUACAAGACCAUUCCAUAAAGCGUAUGCUUCUUCUCUUCUGGGAGGUUGUACCGAAGACAGACGGCAAGGGAGAGCUCCUGCAGGAAAUGAUCCUUGUCUGCGAUUCCUUUCGCCGGGACCUAGAGCAUCCUAAUGAGUUCAUCCGCGGAGCCACACUCCGCCUGCUGACAAAGCUACCUUGGAACGGCGAACUUUUUGAACCUCUGUAUCCCUGCGUAGCCAAGUGUCUUACGCAUCGACAUCCAUAUGUACGACGGAAUGCUGCCCUUUGUCUUUACAGUAUGGGUAGGAAGUGUCGUGAACUGCAGGUCGACGUAAUUAAUGCCCUUGACGUAUUUUUAUCAACGGAUCAAGAUCCUUCUGCAAAAAGAAACGCGUUUCUGGCCUUGUGUGAACUGAGCGAGCCUCGGGCUCUCCGUUACGUCGAAGAGACGGACUGGAGCAGCUUCGAUGCUCUUGAACGAAGCGGCAGGAAUUUGCUUCAGGGUCCCGCUAUACAGCUGAUAUAUCGAACGGGACUAAAGCAUCCACAGGAAAGUUGGAGAUUCAUUCAGUCGGUGUUUCAUCUUCUACAAAGUCCAAUUGCGUCGGUGCGCUUUGAAGCAUCCCGAGCUUUAUUUGCUUUGACAUCGGCAAGCACAGCUCUACGCACGUCAGGCCAGGCACUUGUUGAUCUAGCCAUAUCGCAAACUGAUAACACCGCCAAAAUUGUGCUCCUAGAUACGCUCGAUCAGCUGCGACGGAAACAUCCGCAGCCUCUUGAAUUUCUUGCUGUAGAUCUUAUCCGUGUAGUGGCAGGCGCUAGUGAUAUUGAAGUAUGCCGCCGUGCACUCGAGCUCGCGGUUUUGUUGACAACGGAACGUAGCGCAUCCGACCUAGUAGAAUUGCUCAAGCGGGAACUUCGACGACUUCAGACAUCACCACAUCAGCAGGCAGAUAGCGUUCAAGUUAGCGAAGCAGUACUCACUGCUCUACAGAAUUGUCUAGCAUCGUUUCCACGAACGACUCCAAGCGUUAUCACCUGUUUGACUGAAUUGGUGUCGUCCGAAAGCGAAUCUGUUUGUAUCAGCGCUGUACGGAUACUUCGUGAAACACUGAUUCGCUUUCCGGAAUAUGCACCACGGGCUGUAGGCCUCGUGUUGCAACAUUUCCCGCUAUUACGCGAGCCAGCGGCGAUACGUCACGUAAGCUGGCUUCUUGGAGAAUUCUGCGAACGUCCGGAACAUGUCAGAGAUUUCAUCGAGCAAGUCACAAACAGUUUAACCGAGCUUCCCAAAGAGGCUGCUGUCGAAAUGGAGCAACGUGAAUGUAACGGAACGGGCAGUGAUUCAGAAAACGGUACUAACAGCAAUAAAGCUUCUGGAGCAGCAAAGCUCUGUCGAAGCAGUUCGAGAACUGAUCGCGGCGCCUCUGAAAAGAAAUCUUUGCCCGUCGUAACGGCCGAUGGAACGUACGCAACCCAAUCAGCUUUUAUAAUGGCAAACUCGAUUGCCAACGGCACAUCAUCACCUUGGGGUCACAAGGUACUGCUAUCGCAUAUGAUCAAAGGAAAUUUCUUUAUCGGUACCUGUGUGUGUGGCGCCGUAACGAAAGCCGCGUGUCGAUUUGUUACGACUAAGGGAACCUCAGUCGAACAGGACACUCACGCUCUUGCUAACUUGAUCUCAGCUACUCAGAAGGAUGGACUGGUCGUUAACAGACACGAAAUCGUUGCUCGCGCAUUGCGUGUAAUCGUUUUUUGUCUGGCUCUGGCGGACUCAAGCAUGUUCAAGGGACCUGCUACAACAGACGAUCGACUUCGUAUGAUGCUAUGCAUUCGAUUGUUGUUACUAGCACAGGCCGGGGGUGACAACGUGCAUAGUGGCCUUGGUGGCGGGCAGUCGACUCGUCAAGCCCUCAACUCUUUUGUGACAUCAACUGAACGAAGGCGGGAGCUUUGUCGGCGAAAAAAAACACAAAAAUUGGGGGCCCGAGGCCCUAUGUAUCUUACUGAACAACACAAUUCAAUAAGAUCGUCUAAUGGAUACGAAGAGGCGGAUGCUCCUCUAUUAUUUGACCAGCUAUCUGGAGGCAAUCGCCUACAUGGAGGACCAAACACUAUCGACAAACAAGAUAUCUUUUCCGAAUCACUUCAGAAAGCACUGAGUGGAAACAUCUCAUCGGCUGUAAAAGACGGUGACAUUUUGGCGAACUCACUUCUAGCGAAGGUAACUCAGUUGACAGGACGAAGCGAUCCCCUCUACGCCGAGUGUUAUGUACACGUGACUGCGCACGCUAUUGACCUUGACGUCUUUGUCUUUAACCAGACAGAUGACACGCUGCAAAACUGCACUCUUGAACUAACCACCCUAGGGCGUCUAACGGGAAAACGCGACAUGAAGCUCAUAGACAGACCUGGUCCUGUAGUGAUUGGACCCCAUGACUUCGUCACUCUACGCACAACGAUCAAAGUUACCGCUACAGACAACGGGCUCAUUUUCGGAAAUAUAUCCUACGAUGUUAAGGGAUCGACAUCGGAUACUCAUGUGGUAGUCUUGAAUGAUAUCCGAAUCAACAUCGUCGACUUUUUGGUUCCUGACGAUACCUCCCAGGAAGAUUUCCGCAACACGUGGGCAGGUCUUGAAUGGGAAAACAAAGUGAUCGUUUCAUCCCCGAUCCGCGAUCUGGAUGCGUAUCUCGACCUACUUAUACGAAAGACAAAUAUGGCGUGCCUUACCCAUGGCGAUUCGAGACUCAACAGACAAACUUCGAUGUCGAAUUUCCUAAUGGCUAAUUUGUCAGCAAAGUCACUCUUCAAUGAAAACGUCUUGGCAAACGUUUGUUUGGAACGCGAUCCUAUCGAGGGUGAACUAACGGGCCAUGUUCGAGUGCGUGCAAGAUCUCAAGGGUUAGCAUGGUGCCUUGGCGACAAAAUCUCUGAGUUGCAGAAGUGCACAAAGAAUUAAACUCUACGGAAGUAAUGGAAGUGAUAGCAAUAGCGUUGGUCCUAGGAGUGUAGCCUUUGUAGAUGGGUGUUCAAGUAAAUAACCAGUCACGCGAUAUAUUACAUCAAAUAAUAAAAAGGUUGCUUUCAGGUUGAAAAGAAAGAGAUUCACAAGCGCGCAUUGUGAAUAUGUAACUGCGAGCUUUUUUCUCCAUAUUUUUCCAGCAGCUUGCUGACUACUCCGUAGAAGUUGACUCAGAAGAACUCGAAAAAGAGAUACUAGCACAACGUUAGUGAAAAAAAUAAGUCUAGACUUUAUAACGUAAACACAAAGUGGCUACGAAGAGUCUGGACAUACGAUAGCAUUUGGCAUCUUAUAUUAAUGGGUGAGAUUACGUUGACACAACGGCAUUUCCCGAUACUUGGCAGUAAAGAGCGAAUCAAUAUCCUUAGAAGUAACUGUCAACGAAGCUCAAUCAACGGAUCAAUCUCAGGAUGUCUGUUAUAAAAUUGGAUACAUAUCUGUACAGACACUAUCAUUGAGUGAAUGAUACAAUGCUUAUUAUUGUUGUUCCACAUCGGAUGUACAGACCUUUGCGGAAAGCGCGACGACUAUAACAUUUCUGUCGCUAUGUGAAAGUAUUACUUUUGAACGUGUAUCUAACCGCUUACUGUUCGCGGCUAUUCCAUUAGAUGGACAACCGCCUAUCAACAAUUACUUGUCCAAGUUGUAAUUCCAAAUGCAAUUUUUUUGUUGUGGUACACAGUUUUGUAUACAUUUACGACAAUAAAAGUUGUAAUGAGAGAACUUUGCAUUUCCGAAAAUUCUGUUAAUGGAAAAAGUGUCCGAACAAGUAAAAAGAUUUAGGACUUAUUAUUUUCAUAAUACUUUCGUAACAACCUUUCAGUGCAGUUAAUGUGUGAAACACUAUAUAUAACCUAGCGUUUUUGUUGAGUCGUGUGGCCAACAGGUUGCACUCAGCACUCCAUAAUGGAUCUGUAGAAGGUGAACGACUGCUGUAACAAGGCAAAAGUGGUUCCAUAGUGCACAUAAAUGGUGGCAAAAAUUACAGAGAAUUAAUAUAAAUAUCAACCAAUACAUAAUGAAACAUACAGACAGAGUAGACUAGAGAGAUGCUGUCAAUGGAUUAAGAUACAAGAUAUUUGUAUAUAGCGCUGAAAAUUAAUAAAUUUUUCUAUAUUCCUUGA